GUUUGCAAAGAUCUUCGUUAAGCGCGUAGAGCGCGUAGCAGCACCGGAAGUCGAGAGGUUCGUACGUUGUGAUAUCUGCCAGCGAUCUACAAGCCACGGUGCUUAGCUCUGAUGCGAAAAUACAUCGUUGGUCGAGAUUUCGUUUGACACCGACCAGGGCCCCAGCCGCUAUGCAUAUCGAUGCAGGCGGCGCGCCUACCUAAGGAAAACGCCGUACUGGGUAUUGGGUGCUGUGCCUCAUCAGGAAUUCGCGCAUAUGAGCACAGUAUGCCUCGAGGACUCUGCGGAUCUACAGACAAUCGUUAUCAAUUCAAGAACCAAACUUUUAUAAUACUCGGGGAUUCAUAGUAGUCAAGAACCUUACUGUGAGAUCAGGCAAGGAUCACGUCGAAGCACAGGAAUUCUGUGGCCGUCAGUCUCGCCAUGGGGCUCGUGGGCUUGUUCAGCCUUCUACUACAUCUCCAGACAAUUCCAUCCACGCGCAUCAUACCGGAGACAUCCGAUGAGGACUAUCGGAUGCGCUCAGAGCCCCAGUAUCCUAUCCUGAACGAGAAUCCUCCAUCUUACACCACCUUCAACGUACCCGGAGAAAUGGAUGGUUUUCGACCGCAUAUCUGGCAAACUACUGGUCCGAAGCCAAUCUCGGAAGAGCAGGCAAGCGACAUUGCCUCAUAGCGCGAAAAACACCCAAUAUUCUCCUCUGUUCUCAUAAUAGACGAGUAAGGAGACAGCUUCGUCAGCGAGUACUAUGCAAAUCGAACCGAAAUUGUGGACCUUUUCUUGCG